AUGCCUCAUGUCCAGCUAUCGAGAUCAGGCGGUGUUAGUCUUUAUCUCCGUACAAGAGGAGACACUACAAAAUCAAAUAAAGACGAUAGUAGCGCACAAUUCCCGAGCAAGGAAAGCUACAGUCUUCAACAUCCGUUCUUCAAGAAGGACAUGGCCUCUUACGUGAACAAAAAGCCCGAGACUCGACUCUUCAUUGACGGCGAGUUCGUCAAGCCAAAGACUGAGAAAGUGUUCGAUAUCUACAAUCCUGCAUCAGAGGAACUCGCUGCGACCGUGUAUGAGGCUGGUGCCGAGGAUGUUGAUGUUGCCGUCCAAGCUGCCAAAGCUGCUUUCGAUGGUUGGGAAGGACUAGGAGCUCUCGGUCGAACUGGGAUACUGCUCAAGUUGGCUGAUGCCAUUGAAUCUAAUGCUGAGGAAUUGGACUACUUGGACGCAAUCUGCAUGGGAAAGCCUAUUUCUGACUGUAAGAAAUGCUGCUCCUGA